AUGGCGACCGAAUACUCGUCGCUCAAGGUGCCGGAGCUCAAGAAGCUCCUGUCCGAGAAGGGCCUUCCCCAGUCGGGCAACAAGGCUGACCUGGUCGCGCGCCUCAACGAGCACGACAAGUCUGCCGGGGCUGAUGCUGCUGCCCAGGAUGAUGAGCCCGCCAGCAAGAAGGCAGGCGAGUCUCCCUUCUUCUUCUUGUCCCCUCCGGAACACCCCCAGCUCACCCUCGGCAGCUCUACGCGCGCACAUGCGUCCAAGGAAGACGAGAUAACGUACUCGGACGACGAAGCUCCCAAGGCUGCCGCGCCCGCCGCCGUCGAGGCCGAGCCGGCAGGCCAAGAGGCCGGGGAGAAGACCGAGGAGGGGGCACCCGCCGCCGCCGCCGCCGCCGCCGCCGCCGCCGCCGAGGAGCCCGCCGAGGACGCUGCUGCCGAUGCUACCGAGGAAGCUGCCGCGCCCGCCGCGCCCGCCGCCUCUUACGCCAUCGGCCUCUCGUCCACGGCGGCCGAGGAGGAGGCCAGGAAGCGUGCCGAGCGCGCCAAGCGCUUCGGAAUCGACGAAGACGACGAUGCCAAGAAGCGCGCCGAGCGCGCCGCGCGCUUUGGCAUCGACGCCAAAGAGCUCGCCUCGAGCCUCGACUCUGCCCUGCCCGAGCGCCCUCUCAAGCGUGGCCGCGGAGCCGAGAGCGGCAGCGGCAACAGGCCCGGAAAGAGGCAGAGCCUCGACAGGAGGGGUGGAAGGGACGGCGGCGGUCGUCGGAGGGGAAACGACAACAGCAGGAACGCUGCUCCGGCCAAGUCUUCCGGGAUAUUGGACGACCCGGCUGAGAGGGCCAAGGCUGAGAAGCGUGCGGCUAGGUUCGCUGCCGCAUGA